AAAACACCUAACCGCUGAACAAAAAAAGGAGAUUUGUGAAAAGAAACUAAAGUUUCCGUCUAUCCUCAAUAAUGAACUAGCCGCUGAGUAUGGUGUUAAAAGGACGUGUAUUUCUGACGUUCUUAAGCAGUCUUCUAAGUGGCUAAACGUUGACACAACAAAUAAAGCUGAGGCAAAUCGUAUACGUGACCGUCAGCCAAAGUGGCCCAAAUUAGAUGAAGCUAUGCGUAUCUGGACCGAAAGUGCGCUUGUAGCAAAUAUGGAUCUAACUCAAACUGCCCUUAUUACUAAAGCUAAGGUUUUCGCUACAGCUUUAAACAUUCCUGACUUUAAAGGUACCGGCUGGGUCAAUAAAUUUCAGGAGCGAUUAGGUCUUCAUCAGUAUACUAGAAAUGGUGAGGCUGCUAGUUCCCCACCUGCAGAAACAUUAAAUCAACACAGAGAACGUUUUCAGAAAAUCUCAUUUGACAAAAUGCAAAUAGAAGGUUCUGAAAUUAAAGAUUUUAGCAUUCUUGAUGCUAUUAAUGCUACUUCUGAAGCAUGGAACAAUGUUAUUCAGGAAACGAUUAUGAGCUGCUGGCUGAAAACGGGUAUUCUUCCACGAUACCAAGUAGCUGAAAGGGAUCGGGCAUGCCAGCAGGUGGAACAAAAGUUGAAAAGUGAGUCUGAUGAACUUGGUGCUUUGAUAAUUGAUUUGUCAAUAAAUGGUGAAAUCGAUGACCCUAUGGAUGCAAAUGAAUUUAUGAACAUCGAUGCUGAUGUCACUUUUGAGAUGCCGUCUGACGGUGAUAUAAUCUGUGCUAUUAAUAAGGACGAUGACCGCCUCCCUCAAGAAGAAACAUUACCAGUGCCUAGAGUUACAGACAAUGAGGCUUUGAAAGCCCUUGAUUUGGUUGAAACGUAUCUUUUGCAACAACCCGAGGAUUUUGUUGUAACUGAUAGAGAUAAAAGUACUGUCCAUUGGUUGAGAAAGGAAGUUUCAAGAUACGUCUCUCUUCAAAAGAAGCAGGCUAACAUUACAGAGUUCUUUUUUUAA